UGAGAAGUUUAAUUAAAGGUGGACUUAAAGCCCACAAAAACUUGAUUUUGUAGGCGAGAAGUCUUGGGUGGAAUUAAUGGGCGGAACAGCAGGUGGGCAUUUGAUUUUUGGCCCAGGUCCGUGGCAAUUGAGAGGACGGAAUUAAUUUGGAGAAAAGCGAAGGCAAUAAAAGGCUGGGGGCGAGGGGCGGAAUGGAGGUAGCGGACGGAUUCUCUUGGGAAAAAAAAGGACAGGGAGCAGGCGCAGCGGAGAAGCAGCUUGCGCGGGCGAUCGAGUGCAGAGCAGGGAAGAAAAUUUCAGUAUUUGUUUUUCUUUUGCUUUGCUUCGUAACAUGAUGAACAAAACCCUAUCGAUUUAUCUUAAUUUCGUCAUGAACUAAACUCCAAUUUCUGGGGGAAACACCAUAGGAUGUAGCUAUUUCUUGAUUUGAUGGAUUGAUUUAUGAUUCUUUUCUUCCAAUCUCUAUUGCAUGAAAUUGCUUAAUGCCUUGUGUUGACUGGCCACCAAUACAAUGAAUCGUAGUUGAUUAGGUUAUUAGCGACAGUGAAACCCUAUUAACCGAGCCUAUUUCAUGUGACAUAGUAACUUAUCGAAGCGACAGUGGAUUAAAUAAGGUGCUAUGCGGUCUUAAAUAGGAUAUCGAUCUUCAGGCUAGAUAGUUAAUUCAUUGAGCUACGACAGUAGGAUUUGAAUUGAUUAUUUAGUACGUAGUAAUUCCCGACAGGGAUAGCUAGUACAUUCGUGAUAUCCUGGCUGUAGAGAAUUGGAUUAAAUUGAUUGGAAUAUGUGAAUUAAUCUGGAUAGGAUAGGUAGUGAAUCCCGGUGUUUCUCCCAGAGCUUCCCCCAUUGAAUUUCUCCCGACAAGUUUACUUUGCUUAAUUAGUUUAAUUAUUUUGCUUUUAGAAAUUAGUUUAUAUCUCAAACCAUUUUCACUUAUAGUUUGCUCAUAAAUUUGAUAAAUCAUAAGGUUGUACCAGUCCCUGAGAGACGAUACCCGGACUUUCCGGUUUACUACGAGAUAGGAAAUUGGCAUAUACGCUUUUGCCCUAUCACCAAGGUGGCCGAGGUUCAGGGGGCGGGACCAGCUCAUAGUGGUCUCCGGCUUUCUUUUGAGCAGUGACUCACUCCUAGUGUCAUUCUAGAAAAUGGCCAAGUGCAACCACUUCCUAAAGCGUAGUAUAGCGGUUUGGGUUUUAAUGUCAACCCGGGUCCUAGAUGUGAUGACUACUCAGUGAAUUCUUAUUAUCUAGCGGUGAAACUUUAGUGCAAGUUCAAACAAGAAAACAAGUAAAGCAAGCAAUUAAACGGUUGUUUCAAGUCGAGAGAGGUCACCCGGAUAUGGUUCCCCCUAGAUUGCAGUCAAGCCGGAUUGCAAUUUACCAAGUUCAAUUUUAAUGAUAGUUAUACUGCGGGAGGUUCUUAAGCAGUCUGAAGUCUCGACUAAAGGUCUCCAGACCCUCUCAAUCUGAGUCUCCAGCGGGCAACUAACCUCCACCUGAGUAAACAGAUUGAGGCCCUAACGAACAAAACCUCCACUACCGAAGUAACUUCGGUAUAGAAUAGUGAAUUGGCUCCUCGACUAAAGUCGCCAAUUCACUACCUUCAAUUCAGGGUGCUCUAUCAACCUAGGCAGAUAUUCUCUUUCUAGGUCAAAACAGAAACAACAAGAAUUUGAUCAGGAUUCAUGCCAUUCAAUCAUUCAAACCUCAAUUGAAUAUAAUCAAAUCAUCAAAUCUGUACUUGGGUUCAUACAAUCAGACCUAACAUACAAAUCGAGGGUUCUCCAUACCCAGAUGAAUGGGAAAACUACUCCAUGGAGAGAGAAGCAAAAGCAGAUUCAGAUGCGGAAACCAUACUGUGAAGGAUGGAUUUCUGCUCCUGGUUGUCGAUCGGCACUUCUACAAGCUCAAGCCGGGCUCCAAUGGUGAUGAAGAUCAAGCUAGGGCACUUGGGAACUCUGGUUCGUUGCUUUCUCUCUCUAGGAAUCGCUCUGUCUCUCUAAAACUCGGAACCCUUGAUUUUUAGCCUUCUUUUCCCUUAAGAAGUUGUCUGUCGCGAUCCCCGGCCUAAAUACCCGGUCGGGUAUUUUGGGUGGGGACCGAGUAUGUGCAAAACGCACCGUCGGGUGACAGGGGAAAAUCCCCGGUCAUGGCCAAGAAUCCCCGACCGGUGAUUUUUGCCUCCUGCCCGGGCCCCCUUCUGUUUCUCAAAGACGCCUAAAGCUUCAGAUCCCCGGUCAUCGCCAAAUAAUACCCGGUCGGGUAUUUCUGAUCAUGGCCGGGUAUUUUUGUUCUCCAGCACACUUCAAACCUCACUUGCUCCUUUCGACCCAAAUCUUGUCUUCGCCUCGAUGCCAACGCUAAGCCCUGAAAUAUGACAUAAACGCACAACCUAGAGUGAAAUCGGCUUAAAACACGAGAAUCAAUGUCUCAAACGGCUAAAGAAUAGGGGUAAAAACAUGUGUAAUUAAUGGUCUAUCAAACUCCCCAACACUUAACCGUUUGCUUGUCCCCAAGCAAACCUAACUCAAACCAAUGCAACUCUCCAGACCUCUAUAGCAACAAACAACCCCGAUCGUCGGUAGAGGAUUUCCUAGAUCAUAUAGCAGCUUACGAGGUCAACUGGUCUUCUAAGACAUUCCCUAUCUCUCUCAAUGCGAGUACUAGACUCAAGCCAGGAUCAUGAGAAGAAGUAGAAGUAAGACAGUCAGUUCAUGGAUAAAGGGACUCAUAUCAUUCACAACCAAGGACUUGUUGUACCGGGGUGCUCUUUUCACUUCAUUUCACCGUUGGAACCCCUUUUUCACUUUCACUUUAUUUCUUUUUUCUUUUUUUUUUCAUUUCAUUCACUUAGCGGGGGUUCCAACUGCAGUCAUUUGCACGGUCGACCCUUAUUAGUCGAGCAAGAGCAAUUUCUGAACAUCUGGCGCUCGCCAGAGUACUUUUAACUCCUUUUCCUCAACUCGUGUGGAGGGUCAAUGAAAUUAAGGGGGGUCGGAAGCUCUAUCCGUGCCCUUAAAAACACAUCCUCAAGUAGGCAAAACGUUCAACCGGUGGACGUUUUACUUGUACUAGAGACGGCUUAGCUUCACCUUGUAGGAGUACCCCACUAAGGAUCACUAAAAUCUCUUCCAAAACCCGAUUUUGCGCAAUGAACGGUGCCGCACACG